AAGAAUUUACAAGCCCAUCCACGUCCACUGCGUCUCCUUCUCAAUUGCCUUGGGAGGAAGGUUUCCACUAUGCUUGCAGCGCGUUCGUUGCGUUUAAUGCGCAUUAUGCCCUUCACUCGAUGCGCGUCGACUGAAGCUGUCACAUCGAGUCAUUCUGCUGCGGGAACUGCACCCGUCGAGGCCCAGGGUAAUGCUACGGCUAAGCAAACGAAACCACCUGGAAGUCGACCGCACUUGGGCGUAGAGGUUGAUCCAAAUCACGGAUUGUGGGCUUUCUUCCGGAAGAAUGUGGAUUCUGAAGGCAAAGUAACUUAUGAGACCGUCGAACCUCGAGAUGCCUACGCCGAGUCGGGGAGGUCAUGGAUUGCAUCGGAGCUUCGCCGUAAAAGCUUCAAAGACCUGCACACGUUGUGGUAUGUACUACUACGGGAACGCAAUAUCCUCGCAACGCAAAAAGAGGAGGCUAGAAGACUCGGAAUUCGCAGCACUGAAUCACUUGCGGCUUCUGUCCGAGACCGCCUGUGCCGAAAGUCGAUGGCCCGUUUGAAGUAUGUUAUCAACGAGCGGCGGGUGGUAUAUGAGAAGAUUCUUGAUACUGGGGAAGGCUCGAAGAAGGAGAUUCCGAAGAAAAUAACAGAUCCGUUUUAUCGAGUGAAGAGUAGACGUAGGGCUUUGCCGCGUGAGGUACGAUGACACUCGUGUGCCCGGCCUCCGAACGGUAUUGUCCUCCUUAUGUACACAUGGAUAUCUCGGCCUAAUUGAAACAGCUCGUUGUCCACCUUGCAAGACUAGCGCUAGCUGGUUUGACUAUGAUAUUUCCUCCGGCUUUGCUCCCAGUCCCUCAUAUCCUGAGAAAUGUGACAGUCUCUAAUAGACGGAUUCUCGUACAACUCUAUCUGUCUUCUUCCGCGUCUAAGUAGAUGCUCGAUUGCAAGAGCGAGAACUUGUCCUGCGUGUGCGGCGGUUUCGUCCGUACCAUUCGUAGUGCGCGUCUGUACAACGCGAGGACUUCCUUCUGAAGCCCUGAUGGAGCCGACAUCGUCGUCUCUUCUAGGAAGUGCCUAAG